UCCUGCAGUGGGGCCCAGAGGAUUGGGAGGUCAACUCAUCCCAGCUCUGGAUGUGUGUGUAUGGGGGGAUUCUGGUGUUGUGUGGAGGGAAGGAGGGCUGGGACCCAAGGUCCUUGGUGUCCCUAGGUGUGCGCUGCUCUGGCCAUGGCUUCCUCCAUGCUAUUUGAGGAUCUGACCCCAGAUUUCUCCUGCCCCGUCUGCCUGGAAUGGUUCUGGGAGCCGGUCGCCCUCCCUUGCGGACACCUCUACUGCCAGGCCUGCAUUGAGACGGCAUGGGGGCCCCACAGCAGCAAGCCCAUCUGUCCUCAGUGCCGGGAGCAAUUCUCGGAGAAGAGGUACGCCCCCUGCAAGCUCCUGGGGACCCUGAUUUGCCGAAUCCGAGGAAUGCAUCCUGGGGAGGCUGAGGAGGGGCGCCGCAGCGGAGCUGACUCCAGAGAAUCCGGGCUGCGCCAGGAUCGCACCCGGCUCCCCCUCCACGAGGCUACGAAGUGCUAUAAGGAGGAGCUGUCUUUGGCUAUUUCUCAGAUGGAGUCUCACCUGAGCAACACCUCCAUGCUUAGAAGGGAGGAAGAAGAGAAGCUCCAGAACUCUCAGGCUAUUAUGCUCAGCCUGGGAGACCAUGUCUCUGCUGAAUUUAGGCAGCUCCAUCGCUUCCUCCAUGCCCGUGAGAAGGCAUGCAAGGCGAAGUUGGAGAAGGAAGGGGGAGCCCUGCUCCGGGAGACAGAGGAGAGGCUGAGAAUGCUGAAGGGGUCUUGCCAGGAGGGCCAGGAGUUGAUGUUGGAAGCACAAGCUCAUCUGGAGCUCCCGGACUCUGCAGAGUUCCUAACGGGAAUACGGUCUCUCCUGAACCGGGUGAAGCAGCAGCAAGCUACUCCUGCUAUUCCUGUUGUGCCACCCAUGUUACAGAUGCUUGGACAAUUCAAGGGGCCUCUACAGUAUGUGGCUUGGAGGGAAAUGAGAUCCAUUCUCAACAUAGAUUUCGCCCGGAUAACUCUGGACCCCGAAACAGCUCAUCCAUGUCUUGUCCUUUCAGAUGGCUAUACCUGUGUCCGGGAUGGCCACCUUCGCCGGGAUGUCCCGGACACCCCUAUGCGGUUCAACUACUGUGUAGCAGUGUUGGGUUGUCAAGGCUUCUGCUCAGGAAAACAUUACUGGGAAGUGGAAGUUGGCAACAAACCCUCUUGGACCUUAGGCCUGGUUAGAACUUCCAUCAACCGCAAGGGGAAAAUCUCUGCUUCCCCUGGCAACGGAUACUGGGUGAUCCGACUGCGGAAUGGGACAGAGCUAAUGGCCAAGGACACUCUGCCUCAAAGGCUGUGCCCCACUUCCUUUCCCAAGAGAGUUGGGGUUUAUCUACACUAUGAUGCUGGGCUGGUGUCUUUCUAUGAUGCCUCCACCAUGGUUCAUCUUUAUACUUUUGCUACUUCCAUAUUCACAGGAAGGCUGUUCCCCUAUUUUUGCCCUGGGCUGUACAAUUCAGGGGAGAAUGCAACUCCCUUAAAAAUAUGUCACCUUCCAGUUUAGUAUCAUCUGAUGGGGUAGAUGGCAUGCUUGCUCCUCUAAGCAUACCUGAAUAUAUUCAUCCUUCUCAAAAAGAUGCCCUGUUCUCAUCCGAGGGAGGCUUGGAAUACAGCAGCAAGGGAGAGCGUCUUCUUGGUGGUGGCUCCCCAAUUAUGAAAUGAACUCACUGAUGAGGCCCACCUGGUGCCAACAUUGUUUUCUUUUUAAUGCCAGAUCAAGACUUUUCUCUUUUCCCGGGCAUUUGGCAGCACAUAAUGAUUUUCAAUUGAUCCUGUUUAGCUGAUAAUUCAAGUUGUUUUUAGAUAUAUGUUGUCUCUUGUGCAUAUUGUCUGUUUGUGUAUUUUUAAAAAUGUUUUUAGCCUUUGUAAACUGCUUGGAGAGCUUUGGCUAUGGGGCUAUAUAGAAAUGUAAAUAAUAGUAAUCUCAUCAUCAUCAUCCUAGUGAAUCUCCUUCAGUUACAACACUACUGUUACUUAUUCAAUCAUCCCUGUUUAAAGCUCCUGGAGGAUCUACCAGGGAAGACCCGGAGAAGUAAAAAUCCCAUUAAAACUGGGGAUUCUGCUAAAAUUAUCAACUGAUACAAUACGUUGUGGACCGGUGCAAACCCCA